GCGGGAGAGCAGCAGUCACUUACCCCAGAUAAAUGUAUGCAUGCGGUCUGCGUUCUCUCGCGAGUUUUGUGCGGGCUAGUGUUUGAUCUGAGAGGUAGGGGAACAGCAGCUUCCGAGUGUCGUGUGAGUGUCCUACGCGUGAAGGUAGGUGCUCUGGAAGCCUGGACACCACAGGCGUUAAUUUGGCGGUUUCUUUGCGCGAACUGCGUUGUCGUGUCGUCAUCUUUGAGAGUUGAGUCCGUUUGAGGGGUAGAUGAGUGCACCAGAUGUUUUGUUCUUGAAGAUUGUUUACUUUUUUCGUGUGGAUGUGAUGUAACACUGUUAGAUCAUUUUUCUGAAUGGAACUCGCUUGCAUUGGGCUUUUUUCUUUGUUUUUUUUAGAUUAGUGUCUUAAGUUCUUGGUUCUCAAGACGGUCGGAGCAGUUAGUUACCACCGAAAUAAUAAGCAGGCGUCUGUUUUUGCGUGUUAUGUAGUGAAGUGGUUACAUAGGGUGAUUCCAGUAGAGGGAUUAUUUUUCAGUUUAGUCAUCAUUGGAAGAACCUUUAAACUUCAUAGUGUGACCUGCUGCUGGCCGCAAAAAGUACAGCUCUAGAACCACGCAUUGUGCAUGGAUAAGCAAAGGCUCGGGUAUGUUUGUUCUUCUCUAAGGAUUUUUUUGUACAUCGUUGCUGGAUUAUUCUUAUAAUAAUAUAGUAUAUACACAGAUGGAGUGUUACUUACUUUUUCAUACUUUUCUACUCUGACUUAUGGUGUUUGGAUAUUCGUGAUAUUCCGUUUCCCAGGAGACAUGUUUGUGAAUGAUAAAGAAGCUUGUUCUUCACAUGAGGUGUAAGUUUGUGGUCUUAUGUCUUAUUUCUGGAUUUUAUAUCGGACUAUUCCCACUCUCAAAGACAGUUAUUGCGUUCUAGUGAAAGAAAAACUCAUUAUUGGAUAUCGAUGUUGACUUCAUCAAAGAGUUCUGUUGUCCUAAAAACCCACCAUAAUGAUUUCUAGGAGAAACACGUCGACUAUGUGGGAAUCCCCUAAGAGUUGUCAUCUGGGGCUGACGAACUGCCGCACCGUGUAGACUGAAGAGAAGAUGUAAAAUGUUGAUAGCAGUUGACAAAAAUGUUCUUUGUCUGCCAUCGAUCUUUUCCAAGCAUUGCGGAGCUUGGUCAUUGAUUAUACCUCCCGGUAAUGGCCAAAUCACUAGUAAAAUGACCGGGAACCAGCAACAUUACACUGAAUGUGAGCUUCAGGAGUUUGGAUUCACAUCUAGAUGCAGAGAUGGGGACUGUCUCGUCAGCAUUGACAUUGACUUACCCCCAUCAGCGCAUCCGGAAAGACACCCGAGUUCGAAUGAACGAGAAUCGGUUUUCAUCGGCGGAGGCAGCAAUACUUCGGGUGAGUCAUUUGGUGACAUGGCGCUUGGACGAGACCCUAGGAUUCAACGGAAUUCUCGACUUCCUGACAACUCCUCGAGUAGCAACAGUAGCCAACUCGGGGCAGAAAGUCUCAAUUCAGUUAUAGAGACGCCGUGGCAAGAGGGUUUCUCCGGGUCUCAAACCUGCGGAGCGAGUGCGUCAUCGCCUUGUAACGCUCACAAAUUCUCAGAGAGUCAACAGUCAAGUUGUGAGUCUGCUAAUAAAAGAUCUCAGUGCAAAGUUCUAGGUCAUCUGAACCCUGUAUUGCCCUAUGUGAACGUUUCUCAAUCCUGCAGUCUAGCAGAACUGUGCCCACCGCCGCUAUCCCCUCACCUGAGGACAUGUGUAUCUUUAGACUGCUGUAACUGCCCCCCAGCCGGCAACGCCUGUGUAGAUUUAGACAGGACGCCAGUUCUCAAACCCACUUUGACGUUUUCUUCUCGUGAUAUAACACACUCGUUGUUGCGUUCAAAUAAAUUUGCAGGUGUUGGUUGUGACACUUUGAGAAUUCACUCAGACCACAGACAUGGAUUGAGCAAUUCGGUACCCGCCGUUAUAGAGCCAUCGGAAGUCAGACAGUCAUCAGCCCCUUCUCUUAGAACCACUAGUAGUCUUUCAAAACUUGUCUCCAGAGAGUCUCCUUUGGAAAAUGUGUUAGAUCGUUUCUCUGUCUCCCCAGACACUAGUAACAAUAAAAGACCCAAAGCAGGUUUUCUUUCUUCAGAUUUGCUUUCAUCAGAUUUAUUCGCCUUUCCGGGGAAUGUAGGACCAUUUAAGAAUGUCCAUGUACCCCAUACCAGUUUAUCCCAAGAAAAUGUGACGCCACACCCUUUGCUAAAGAGUGAUGCAUGCAAAGAUCUGCAGCAGCAAUCUGGUUCUCAAAGUGUGCUGAUUGACCCCUACCCCACACCCUCGCAAUUAACACCUCAUCCUCAUGAAUGUUCCGUUCAUUUUUCCGUUGAUGGUGACAGCCAAUCGCACUGCUCAGCAAAACCUCGCAGAAAUCGGAAGUAUCAUCGACGUGGAUCUUUGGUCACUUUAAGAAAACAAUCCCUAAAACUGAAAUUCGGAAGAACGAAGAAAAAGUGUAGGGAAAAAAUUAAGUCAUCGAAAAGCUUCAAAAGUGGAAGUACCGGAGCUCUCAAUGGUGCUUGUGGGGCCUCGCUACACGCCAAUCCUCGUUGUGCCGGUCCCGAGACAUGGUCAUCUCACAGCACCCACCUUAUAGAACGACACCCCAGCUCUCACGCAUUCAAAAAUGUACAUCUGAGUCAUAUACGCUGUUCAACUGGGACUGUUAAUGAGUCACAUAUAAAGCCUGAAUGUCUUCUAGCUUCUCAAGAAUAUGCUUCUCAACUCUCUUCUGCGGGUAAUUCAUCUGCGGACCUGUCCAGGCAAGGAUUCAAACACCAUGCACCCGUACUUACAAGCAAACGGCCACGAGCGGAUUUCAGCUUCCAGUGUCGGAAGCAACGAGACAGGUCUGGUCGGGGCCUUAAAUCUGCAUCAUCCGGAGUGUUCACAGUGGUGCCGGUGAACAAUGAGACGAACCUGCGGGAGCAGGAGGAGGCGGCGACCACGGACGGGGAGAGCAACAACAACAACAGCAACAACAGCCACAGCCUCCGGGUGCCCAUCCACACCUUCGACAUCAACGCCGACGGCGAGCCCACGGACACGCUCACCCAGAACUCCAUCACCAGCCUCCUCUCGGCCAAGUUUAGGUCCUGGACAAAUGCAGCAAGGAAGACUGCCUGGUCCAGCCAGUGUUCAUGUGGGUCGGCAUCAACGUAGGCAUCACGCUGGUGGGAGCAGCUCUAGUCACCUAUGUACAGCCCAUGGCAGCCGGUAGCGGCAUCCCUCUGAUCAAGUCCUACCUGAACGGAGUCCGUGUGCCUGGACUUCUCUCACUCAAAGCCUUCAUCGCAAAGUGUGUCGGGGUCAUCCUCUCCAUCUUGGGAGGGCUCGCAUGCGGAAAGGAAGGUCCGAUGGCUCAUUCGGGCGGUAUCAUGGCAGCAGGUCUUGGCAAAGGGAGGAUACCUUGGUUCAACAAAGAUAUCAACCUGUACGGUAUGUUCCGAAACGACCACAACAUCCGAGACCUGGUGGCUGCCGGAGCAGCUUCCGGUGUGUCCGCGGCCUUCGGCGCUCCCAUUGGAGGCACUCUCUUCAGUGUGGAGGAAGCUGCCAGUUUCUGGAACACUGAGCUUGUAUGGAAAGUGUUCUUCUCUGCUAUGAUUGCCUGUUUCUCCACCAACGUGCUUCUUAGUGCCUUCGAGGGUCAUCCAACGCAACUGUCUAACCCUGGUCUCGUUAGGUUCAACACAUUCCCCGUAAGUUUGAGCUUCUUUUACGUUUGUUUUUAAUUGCCAACUUUUGUUUUUUUUUGUGUUUCAGGUGGCCUAUCUGGGUCUCUGUUUGUAGUCAUGAAUUAUAAACUGACUGUAAUCAGGCAAAAAUACCUGCAUCGCCACAAGUGGGUGAAGGUCGCCGAGGCUGGUCUGGUGUCUGCUGUUAGCGCUAUCCUCGCAUUCAUCCUGAUGUUCGGCAUCAAUGACUGCACCACCGCUGAGCCGUACAGCCACCACGCAAUCACCACUACCGUAAGUCUGAAUAGAAAAAAAAAACGUCACAACUCCAUGUCCACCAUGUUCCUCACGACCCCGGAAGGCUGCCUCAAGUCCCUCCUCCACGAUCCAUUGGAUACUUACAGCGUCCUCAGUCUGGUUAUUUUCAUUGUCUUCUUCUUCUUGCUGGGUGUUUGGACCUACGGGCUGAGCGUCUCCAGCGGUGUGUUUAUUCCUUCUCUGGCCAUCGGUGCUGCCUGGGGCCGCCUCAUCGGGAUGGGCGUUGUGCAGCUGUUUCCUGACCAGGUACAUAGAAAAAUAUAUGUUGGCAAGUAUGCCUUGAUCGGAGCCGCCUCCCAGCUAGGUGGUAUCCUGAGAACCACCAUCUCCCUGACAGUCAUCAUCGUAGAGUGCACUGGAGACAUUACGUUUGGCCUCUGCAUCAUGAUCGCCCUCAUGAUCUCCAAGUGGGUCGGAGACUUCUUUACCACGGGCCUGUACGACAUGAACGUAGAAGUGAGUGGCAUCCCUCUCUUGUCCUACGAUCCUCCUCCUCUCUGCGACCACGUUUGUGUCAGCGACUUCAUGAGUCAACCUGUGAUGUCUUUGCUGCCGGUUGAGAAAGUGGGCCAUAUUGUAGACUGCCUCAGUGGCGAGACCUUCAAUGGAUUUCCCAUCAUCGAGCAGGACCCGAACUAUGAUCUCAUGUACAAAGGAAAACUCAAGGGGAUUAUUCUCAGACAUCAAAUCUUGGUUUUGCUGCAGAAAAAGAUUUUCUGUCCAGAAGGGCAGAUGCCAACGAAUACCAUCACUUUGGAAGAUUUCGACAAUCCUUACCCAGUGCCCCAGCGACUCAAAAUUGAGGAAAUUCAGCUGAGCGCCGAGGACAAAAAUUGCGUAAUGGAUCUGACACCUUACAUGAACCAGACUCCCUAUGUCGUUGCUCCGAAUUUCUCAAUGCCCAGAGUUUUCAACCUCUUUAGAGGUCUUGGACUGAGGCAUUUGGUUGUUGUCAAUGAUAAGUAUGAGCCAAUGGGAAUGGUCACUCGAAAGGACCUAGCCAAGUACAGAGCCGAGAUCAAGAAAGGCAUGCUGCAUAUGCAACAGCUGACAGUGGAAAACAGAUAGAUCUCCGGAUCAGUGUAUACUUAGUCAUCAUUCAUACCAUUUUAUGAAGUAGAAUAAAUGUAUUUAGGUUCAUUCUAAACACGUCUGGGAAAUGAAAGAGAUGUUUUGUUAGCGAUGUUUUAAAAUUCAUGUCUGGAGAUUUUUCUCUUAACAUGAUCCAGUCAUUAAAGAUUUUCUUAGAUUUUAGCAGCCCAUUCUAUGUAUGGAGAUUUUUAUACCUUGCGUCACUUUCGUUUUGUUUUUUUGUCAGUCUUUUUUCAUUAUGAUCUAGAUCUAUAUGACAAUCAAAAUAUUCUUCUGAAAUAACGUCGUUAUGCCCGUCGUUACAACCCGUCAUCCAUGCAAAAAGUAUACAGAGCUGAGAUCAAGAGGAAUGAGUCUGCAAUAGGGCAGGUGGAAAAUAUAGAUAUAUUAUCAAGGUCAGCGACGACGGACUAUUAUUCAAUGGCAUCACUUAUCAAUUAAUAUUCGAGGGUUUGUUUAAGCUCAUAACUAUUACAUAAUAUUUGACCUUGACAAAUUUUGUUGUUUGUAAGUAUGCAGGAUGGUGUCUCGUAGGUUGUAACAGAGCGUCAGCAGCUGUUGGUGAAGAUGGAUAACAUUUUCCCGAGCAUUUUUAUUUUUUCUGGCUUUCCCGUCACGGCUUUCAUAGUUUAUGCCUAUACUCCUACAAUUAAGUUAUUACUAAAUUAUGUCCUUUGGGGCGUAAAAGUCGUGAACUGUAUCUAGCGGUCAAGCACCAUGAUGCCUCAUGUUUAACUGGUGACGUAGAAAACGGAACCAUAUAGGUCUGCCAAUCUCAUUUCCGACAUCGCUUGGGAGUUUGUUUUACAACUCUCAUGGUUUGAUUAUCUAGACUGGCCUUGUUUUGCCCAUUGGGACGUAAAGGUCAAUGUGUGAAGGAAUAAUGAGUCUACAGCGGCAAUCUAAUUGCCACCACAUGGAGCAAGGAUAUGUUCGGUACAAACGGCUGAAUAUCUGCUCACCGUAUGAAGGCAAGGGAAAGGAGGUAACACAGGAAGGGGAAAGGGGAGGUGUUUUGUUUGUAUGGGCGUCUCUUUUGAGUGAAUCUUAGUGAUUUAUCAAUGUUUUUUCAUCCAGAAAUGGUUAUAGAUGAGGAAAUGGGGAUAUGUACGUAUAUGAUUUUUUUAGAAUAAAAAAGAAUAGGACAAUGAUACGGACAAUUUUGCCUUUUCAUUUUUGUUACCGACUUGUAUAAUUUUACUACAAGAAGGACAUGCGCACUAAUUCAGUCCGGUACUCUGAAUACAAUCUCAAGAAAGGAAAGGCUCGAAAUCUUUGCACAAAUUGCGAGUCGUACUUGACAAAUUAGUAAGUACCAAUAUGAUUAUUAUGCAAUUUAAAUGUUCUCCCUCUCAGCUUUUUUUCUAAUAUUAUAAUAAAAAUCGACCGUUUUCAGGAUGGCCCUGGACAGAACAGAAUAAAUAUGCACAUUAUUCCUUUGUUUUUAAAUUUCUGAGUUCCAAUAAUGGCGAUACCUUUUUUGUGCCUUCUUUUUCUGGUUAAACCUGGCUCUUUUUCCCUCUAAACUUGCAAAAACAAAUUCAGACGGGCCAAGGUACAUAAUAAUUGCAUUGAGUAUGCAAAGUUUCUCUGAUGAUUUGACGUAGGCGGAAAAGACAUGACGAUUAUGCUUUACGUUCUCCUGGUAAAGGGCAACCCAUCCUGUUGAAGAAAACGAUAUGCUCUUUAUCGAAUACCGAAGGGUUGUAGCAACCCACACUCAACUUGUAGGCAGGGCAUGACCUUUCAGUAGGUUUCAAAACCAUCGUGCGUGAUAUAAUAUUAUAAGGUUAAUCUGUUUUUUAAUAUAGAUAGACUUCGUUAUAGUUUUAAUAUUUAGAUGUUCCAAUAGAUCGCGAACCUUAGCUGUACGAUGAAGGCCUCGUUGUGUCACAUACUUAUUUAGCAUUGUGGCGACAGAGGAGGGCUGUUUGCAACAAUAGCUUAAUGCGUAAGGUACUUCCAGACAUCAGGUGCUUCCAAAAAUCUAUUUUUUGUUGUUGUUCACUUCAAUAUUUACUUCCAAUGAACAGCUUUCAACAACGAAGCCUUAGUUCUUUAUUAAAAUGUAGCUAUAGACUUAAUAUUUUGAAAUGAUUCUUUUAUUAUUGGCAUGUAUAUAUGUAUAUACAUGUAUACAUAUUCAUAUCUUCAUUUUCAACAACUGAUACACGGAUAUUGAAAAGGACAAAAGAAUUUCCAAAGUCAUCUCGUAAGCUUCUUUUGUGAGCUACUAAAGGUUCAGCUUAUAUAAUAAGUUCCACACUCUCUAAACAAUUGCGAAAUCGUCAGCAGUUUAAUGGUUUACGUUUAACAGCAUUUUCCUGUUAAUCGUAUUCGGUUAAUACUUAUGAUAGUGUAAACUCACCCAAACAUUUUCCAGUGGCAGCUCUUUCUGAGCAGACAGCGGAUUAUCAUGAACCUCAAUCUCAUUUUUUUCAAAAACAGCUUACAAUAGUUUAAAGGUUGGCUUUGGAAAGUCUUCUUUGUAUUAUUUUUCACAUUUAUCUAUCAAAAAUGACUUUAUUAUGAUAUGUAACGUUGAUUUGUACGUAUGAUAUCUUUUCACCAAAUAUGCAAACUGUUGUAUGUGUUUAUCCAGUCUAUGUAGAAUAUGAUUUCAUCAACGGUACGCCAUAUUAUAUCAUGUGAAUGUACAGUUUUCAUUUUGUAUGCGCAAACAGAAGGAAACCAGAGCUUUAUUAUCCUAUUCAAAUGAAACUUAUUGUAAAGCAUUAAAUUUUGUUCUCUUAAGGGUUUGGUCUUUGAAAGCUUGUAAUGAUUACCUUAUGUUCACAAGUCUUUCCAUGUUGUGCAAUUUGAAAUAUUUGAGCCUCUGUAGAUUGAAUAAUGCAUGCUGAAGCAGUAUUUUCCUGAGUAUUUCUUUUUCUUCUUGUUAUAGACGUUUAUGGUGUGUAGUUAACGGAUGUUAAUAGUAAAAUGUUUUGCCUCAGUUUGACGAUAAAGUACAAUUUUCUUAUGUUAGAUUUUAAAACUCAACUUUGACUAAAUGCUAAAGGAAAUGUAUAUGCGUAAGUGUGCGAGUGUGUGUAUGUUUGUGUCUGUGCGUGUGUGCCUGUGACUGACUGUCUGUGCCUCUGUGGAAAUUGAUUGUGUGUAUCGGUGUGUGUGUGUGUGUGUGUAUGUGUGUGUGUGUGUGUGUGUGUGUGUGUGUGUGUGUGUGUGUGUGUGUAAUGCAUUUUCCAAGAGAUCUCUUCACGUCUUGAUAAUUUGGAACUUGUGAAUUACCUGUGCAGCCUCCAUCACAUCAGCUGUCGUGCAGUUUUCAUCAAAUACCAUUCAAAGUAAAUAUAACACUGUGCUGUGAAUGGGUAAGAAACAGUCUAUAAGAGCAUUUCCUAGAUAUCCCGUUUUAAAAUAAAAGAAUAACCGAGUCGUUUGCGUCCAGUAAGACUGCAUAUUAGGAAGUGAGAUAUCAAUUCUAAUUUUAUUACAGACAUCAAAAUACUCAAAUGAAAUUAAUUUAUCCAGUGGUCAUUUGAAAGGAUUUGAACCUAUAUCCAAAAAUAUCUGAAACAUAAAGCUCUAUAAGAAGAUAGCUACAAGCUCUGAGUUUAUAAGGAAAAUGUAAGGGUUGCCAUCUCCAUUUAACCAUGCAACAUUUUCAUAGAAAGGUGUCGAAAAAAUUUAACUGAUCUAUCGGCUAAGAAUUCUUUUUUGGUUUACCUUUUCAAUUUUAGAAAUUAAUUUUUAUUUUGUAUUUUACUUUUCAAUUCUACACGGGCAAUUGGCCGCAAACUCAAGAUUAUACAAUAUUCCUAAAGUUUAAAGUAUCAUUAGUAUUAUCUCUAGUUCUUGUAUGUGUAUAUAAUGAUGUGUGUGUGUGUAUUUGUGUGUGUAUGUGUGUGAGUGUGAGUGUGUUCACGGCAUAGGUGGGGUUUUCUUUUGUCCUGUCAUCAUUUUCUUUAUAUCACUGGUUCUAAGAAGUGAAAGGUCAAACCAAUUUCCAUUCCCUUAUCCUCCUUUUCAGUUACUGUAAGAAAAGAAGGUGCUCCCGACUGCCGAGUUUUUGUUGUGUAAUAUAUUCUAAACAGUAAUUCCCCAUCUCUUCCACCAUUCCAGUUUCAGUGAAAAGCCACUUACUGCCUCAGGAAUGCGUACUGUUGUAGACAGCAUUAUAUUAUACUGUUUUGUUGUUUUGUAUGCGUCAUACUGGGAUUAAAUGGUUCGAAAUUGACACGGAGUGCUUUUCAUUAUUUGCUCAUGUUGGCUGCCAAAGAUUAGCCGCUAAAUUGUUUAUUUUCCUGUAUAAACGUAACUGUCGAGACAAUGUGCAAAGAUGAACUAAAUAAAAGCCUUAAUGUGAUGU